CGACCAUCGUGCCGUAAAGGGGCGGAGACUGGCAGACGGAAAUCCCGCGAUGUUUCAGCGCUGACGCGCGAUUGGCGGGGAGUGAAGAGGGGGUGGAGGGUACUGAGAAAGGACGCCCGGCGAAGAAUAUCGCGAGACUUGACCGGGCUCCCACGAGAGUAGGGUCUCUUUGGACGCCUCCUCGCAGCGCGAGUGCGGGCCAUUGUUCCCUCGCCUCGGCGGCUGAGGCUGUGGCACCCGGGAAGUUUGCCGCCCGCGCUUGCAGGGGACUUAAAAAAGGCCGUCGCGGAUCAGGGAGCUAGCUAGUGUCCUUCCGUGUUUCCGUAGUGAGGGGCCUGACGUCGUCGGGCGUGGACGUCACGCAACAGUGUCCCGCAACCGCGCGGCCGCAGAGCCCGAGGGCCGAGCGCGCGGGGCGUGCGGGGCGUCCGCGGCGACGCUGCGGAACCGUCUGCGGGAGCCCACCAUGCUCCGGGACGCCGAGCUGCCGCCGCCUGUGACCUCCAGCGGGGCCGGUCACAAGCGGGGAGGAACUCAGACCACCGGGCCCUUAGUUCUCGAGCCGAUUACCUACUGAGUCUCUUAUGUAAAAUAGUGUGGGCGAGCGGAUGGUGAAAGUAUGACCGCCCUUUGUCCUUUAAAAACUCUCUCUCAUGUCUCCCCCUACACCUGUAUUAGCAGGUAGAUAUCACCUGUAUUAGCAGGGAAAUCUAAGUUCAUUUCAAGGCAUUCGAAAUGGGGAAAGACUAUUAUCACAUUUUGGGAAUUGAAAAAGGAGCUACAGAUGAAGAUAUUAAAAAGGCUUACCGAAAGCAAGCCCUCAAAUUUCACCCGGACAAGAACAAAUCUCCUCAAGCAGAGGAAAAAUUUAAAGAGGUCGCAGAAGCGUAUGAAGUACUGAGUGAUCCUAAAAAGAGAGAAAUAUAUGAUCAGUUUGGCGAAGAAGGCUUGAAGGGAGGCGCUGGAGGUACUGAUGGACAAGGAGGUACCUUCAGGUACACUUUCCACGGAGAUCCUCAUGCCACAUUUGCAGCCUUUUUCGGAGGUUCCAACCCUUUUGAAAUUUUCUUUGGGAGACGGAUGGGUGGAGGUCGAGAUUCUGAAGAAAUGGAAAUAGAUGGAGAUCCCUUUAGCGCCUUUGGAUUCAGCAUGAAUGGAUAUCCAAGAGACAGGAAUUCUGUGGGACCCUCCCGUCUCAAACAAGACCCUCCCAUUAUUCAUGAACUUAAAGUAUCGCUUGAAGAAAUAUAUAGUGGCUGCACCAAACGGAUGAAGAUUUCUCGAAAAAGAUUAAACCCUGACGGAAGGAGUUACAGAUCUGAGGACAAAAUUCUCACCAUUGAGAUCAAAAAAGGGUGGAAAGAAGGCACCAAAAUCACUUUUCCGAGGGAAGGCGAUGAAACACCAAAUAGUAUCCCAGCAGACAUUGUUUUUAUUAUUAAAGACAAAGAACAUCCCAAAUUUAAAAGAGAUGGAUCAAAUAUAGUUUACACUGCUAAAAUUAGUUUACGGGAGGCAUUGUGUGGCUGCUCAAUUAAUGUGCCAACAAUGGAUGGAAGGAACCUACCUAUGUCAGUCACUGAUAUUGUGAAACCUGGGAUGAGGAGAAGAAUUAUUGGAUAUGGGCUGCCAUUUCCAAAAAACCCUGACCAACGUGGCGACCUGCUGAUAGAAUUUGAUGUGUCCUUCCCGGACGUCAUAUCUGCAUCAUCCAAAGAGAUCCUUAGGAAGCAUCUCCCUGCCUCAUAGGAUGAGAAGAACCUUGCUAUCCAUAUUUUGAUAAGACACUGAAAAUAUAAAAGUACCGGCAGUUGACUGAUGUGAAUUCUGUGUAAAGAUGUGUAAACUCUUCCGAGGGCUCAUUAAACUGCAUGAAUAGACACAGUUCAAAUAGGCAACGUGGGUUUUUACAGUAGGGAUGAAAAGUCAUUCACUGUAUUAUAUUUCAUUUCUCCCAAAUCAGAAAUUUUCAGUAUUUCAUUUAUAAGUAAAAGUUGGUUUUGUGGUCUAUGGAUAUACUUCUAGUAAAUACUAGAUUAUCCAAGUACUGUGUGCGUGUGCAUGUGUGUGUGUAUGUGUGUGUGUGUGUGUGUGUGUAUGUGUGUGUGUCUGUGUAUGUAUCUUUAAAUGAUCAGUGUGAUAGGCUCCCUUAAUAAAAAUUAAAAUUCUUAAGUGUAUAUGUAAUACGUGGAGAAUAAAAGCCAAAGUCACACAGAGAUGCGGUCUAGGGCACAUUCAGAGAUGCUGUGUUGGGCUGGCACCAGAACGCACUGAUGCGUGUGCUUUACCAUUGUGACUUCUCAAGUGUGCUGUAGCAUCUCUCAAGAGCAUGGUUGCAAUGUUCUUAAAGCAGACCUCGUCAUAAAAAGAAAAUGAAUGACAUUUUCUCUCCUGUGGAAAUCCCAAUAGCCAGAGUUCCUGAUAUUUUAGAAACAGAUGGUUUUUAAAUGGCCACAUGUAAUUUUAUGGAAGUUGACUAUAUAUCUUAAACUUAAUAAGCUCAUUUUGUGGUUCAUUAGUUUAAGAUACUUGUUUACUAACAUUUGUUUUUAGAGAAAAUACUGUUAUUUGGCAUUAAUUGUCCAUUUACAGUGUUCUGUUAAGUCCCUCAUGCUAUGCACCUUACAGUCACCUAUCCCUAAAGAACAGCCAUCCAUCGAUGUGGUGUUAAACCGCAGUCUGGAUGUAACAAACACCAUCGUUGCUUGUGGGUAAUGUGCUGUCAUCAUAUAGAUAUUUUACCUUUUCAUGGAUAUAGAUUGCAUUUCUUAGGUGUUUUAAUUUUUAAAAUAUAUUUACAUUCUAAAAAA